AUGUUACCCGAUCUGGUCUAUUCCUACAACCAUAGUGUUCACCAUAGCAUCAAGACAAAACCUGUGGACGUUACUGCUGAGAACGAGAAGAAAGUGUGGUACACUCUGUAUGAUGACCUUAACGUCGUGAAAAAUGUAAAAUACAAAUUCAGGAUUGGCGAUCAAGUGAGAAUUAGCAAGAUGAAACGAACAUUUGAAAAAGGAUACUUGCCAAAUUUUUCCAAAGAGAUUUUUACAAUAAGCAAGCAAAUGCCAUGUGAUCCUCCAGUGUACAAACUAAAAGAUCUGGACGGUGAAGAACUCAAAGGAACAUUUUACGAAAAGGAGCUGCAAAAGAUCAUCAAGGAAGAUGACGUCUACGAAAUUGAGAAAAUCUUGAAGAAACGUGGACGAGGCAAUAAUGUACAUUAUCCUAUAGCCUGUGCGGCAGGCGGUAUUUCUACAGGCAGCAAAAAUUAGGGAGGCAAAGGAAAUACCAUCUGCCGCAAAACUAGGGGUUUUUGAAUUACCCGUCCGCUGGUGAAUGGGAAAAAUGGAUUGGUUAGUAUUUUUAUGUAGUUGUCAAUCAACGGCUAAAUUCGGUUAAAUGUUAAUCAUUAACCAAAUGUUUUGACGUUUUGAAACUCUGCGUUUUGAAAUUAGUUCACGUCAAGUCAGACCAGAAAUGGAAUAACACAAUAAAAGAAGCAAAUUAAAAGAUACAAGCUGAAAAAUAACACUCUAAAUAGUGUUAUUGAUAGAGAUUCAAACAAGAAUAUUUAACAAAGAAGAUACGUCCGAAGGGGCCGAAGUCAUAUGAUCGGCGAAAGGUAUGGGCUGGUCUAUAUCUUCGUUCAGACAAUUACAUGCGUAUUUAUAAUUUGAUAAUAAACAAUCUCGCUUGACUUUCAAAGGCCAUAAAUCGCAAUAAUGUUCACAUUUUACUAAAACUAUCGAUAGAAAUUAGGAGAUAUUUCUUCACUGAAUCGAACAGUGGGAUUUCCAUAUAGGCCUAUCAUGUUCUGAACCAAAGAUACUUGAUAGAUAUUAUAUAUGAACCUCCAAAGUAUAAACAAGGGGCCGGUUGAUGCAGUAAUUAUCAAAUAACAGUUAAACUCUUAUAUACCCGUUGAAUAUGUAUAGUUGUAAACAAAUAAAAACUAUCAUUCUAUAAGGUUCAAUACUUUCAGUUUGGUUGUUGACUGAUGAUGAAUCUAUAGUGUAGACUUGCAUGCUUUGUAUUUUGAGCUUAUUAAACCACCGUUUUAAGGCAGCUAAACGGGCUUGGUUUAUAUUAACACAUAAAAUAAAUUCCUUGAUUCUCAUCACUAGACACAGUCUACACUUUGAAAUGUCGAAGACAAUGGGAGAUUUAUUUUUUAUAUUUUAUAUUUAUAUAAUUUAUAUAUCAAUAGUUCGUAUCUCCACAAACAAUGACAGAAUGACUGAGUUUCUUUAAAAUACAAUGAAAUUUCACUCAAAAUUCUGUUUGUUUCAAAUUGGAAGUUUAAAAUGGCAAUAAAAACUCUAUAUAAAAUACGAAAAAAUUAACUGUCUUGAAUUAUUUUGUUGGGCGGUACAUUUAUAUUGUAUAACGAAAUAUAAAACGUUUUCACGAGGAUUUUAAAAUUCAGUCGGGCGGUGAUGAGAAUCAAGGAAUUUAUUUUAUGUUGGGCAGUUGGGACUUGGGAGCAGCUUGGGCCUUGGGAGUGGCUAAUUUUGAAUAUUUACUUAAUUAAUGCAUCUAUAAAUAGCGUUGAUGCUUCAGGGGCGGUAGUUCAUUUACACCCAGUUUUGCGGCAGGCGGUAUUUCCUAAAUACCGCCUGCCAUGCAGGCUAAUUAUCCUAUAAAAUGGUUAGGGUACCCCAAUAAAUUUAAUUUGUGGGUACCCGCUUCUGAAAUAAAUAAGAUUUAAACCGUUGAACGUGCUGUUUGUUUGUUAUUCUCAUUGGGGAUUCAUAAUGAGUGGAACACACUUUCACCUUACGCUUCCGAGCAAUGCGUCCCUGGACAUUUUUCCCGAUAACAAAAUGACCGAAUAUCGUGUAAAAUUACCGCAACCCGUUGAGUUGGACGGCAAUUGGUAAGUCGGACUGUAUUCCAUUUUUUACCCAAACACCUGGUAUACUCUACGAGAUAUUAAUGUGGACACGCACUUCUAUUAUGUUGAAGGCACUGGAUGGCCUUCGGUGGCAACCGUGAAGUAUGGACACUAUGAAACCAUGCAAGAUUUUGUUAAAGACAUGAAUGCCGCUUUGGAACUUGAAAUUUGUAAUAGUACUGCCAUAUACCUAACGUACAGCACUCUGACGGGAAAAGUGACCGUUCACUUGAAGCCCAAAUGCAAACUUUUACUAUUUGGCAAAAUGUCCCUCAUCCUGGGAUUCGGCGGAAAAGAGGUAAAAAUUUACAAAAUGCGCGAAAGUCCCUACGUUACAGAUCUGGCCACCAUUACAUCGAUCUACACAUAUUGCAACAUCAUUCAGCCGCAGAUUGUUGGAGAUACGAGUGCGCAAUUACUUCGAAGCAUUCCCGUCGAAGGAAAGUAUGGUGAUAUCAUUACAAAAACGUUCACCAACAUACAAUACGUGCCUGUUCAAACGAAAUCCUUCGGAGACGUGAAAAUUCUUUUAAGGAAUGACACGUGCGAUCCAGUGCCAUUUGAACAGGGUAAGGUGAUAGCGACACUACAUUUCAGACAGCAUACAUACUUCACUUCACAUACAUUAUUAUUUGGAUCAACAACAAGGGCGUGGCAUGCCCAUGUUCAGGGGCAGCCCCUGGCAAGCCGGAUAUGGGCAACAGACAAUUGUAACUUUGCGUGAAUAGUUAAGUGGCUUAAACUAAACCAAAUUGUCUGAAAUUUUGUACAGUAAUUAAAAUCCUGACAAAUUUUCCAUCUGUUAACUCAAAAUAUGAUUACAGCUUUUAAAUUUUGUGUGCGAGCCAUUUUUAGUUUGUUGGAAAAGACACACCCCCCUGGUUCACAAAAUUUGAGUUCGAGAAAUUUUUUUCAUUAUUUUACAUUAUAAGUACCCAAAGAAGCUAUAUAUAUAAAAAACCAGAUACAAAUAGCUGUUUUGCGAAAUUGAGAGCAAUUUUAAAUCUGUUCAGUUUUUUUUAUACACCCUGUAGAGCUUCAGUCUCGUAUGCUGGGCUUAAAACGAAUGGAAUUAGCCCGAUUUGGAGAAGAAAUGAAAUGGAUAAAGGUAGAAGAAAUUGGAGAAAAGGGUAGGUUAGAACUGAUUAAAAUUAUACAUACAGUAUUUGAAGACGUACUUAAGUGUAAUAGCGAGCAGCUUGACAGUCUAUUGGGAAAAAUACAAACUAUUUUAGACAGCAAAACAAUGAGUCAAAAUGAGGAAAGUAUGAAAGCAAAAGAAAAGAGUGAACAGGGACUGAAACAGCUCAAAACACAGUAUGAAAAGUUACUAGUAGAGCAGGAAAAACUAAAAGAUCAAAUAAAUACUGUCCAAAGCCAAAAUGAAACAACUGAGGACAUAACUAUAACUAGUGAAUCAGUAACACAACAAGAUAAGCCACAAAGUGCAUUUCUUAACAUGAAAACAAGCAUGCUCCAUCGGGAAUUCAAGAUACAAGGACAAAUCGGAGAGCCAGGGCAUAAAGAUAAACUAGCAUAUCAGUCACUCAUUUCACAGAUUGAAAUUGGGCUGCAAAGGGUUACACAGAAGAGGAAAUUACCCAUGCUGUUGUUAGAGCUGUUCAGGCUGGUUUACAACUAUGAAGUUAUUUGGAGGGAAUAA